UUUAUAAACAAAUCCAUGUCAAUAUCUCAAACAAGUUCAACACACAAUCCAAAGAUUUCCAAGUAGAUCAGAUCAGUCCACAACCACAAUGAGCUCCCAGCAGCUCCCCGGAGGCGGAAUGAGCAAUUACAGUGGAUACACAAAGCUGUGCAAGGGAUUGGCGGUGGUGUUGGCUGGCGGUCACAUUGUCGUUCAGAUUUUUCCCUCCGCGGUUUCUUAUCUUGCGCUGAUUCCGGCAAAGACGAUUCCCUUUGCUUGGAAUCUCGUAACUGCUGGAUAUGUUGAACAGUCUAUACCUGGGGUAUUUAUCAGCAUCAUCGGCCUCCUUUUCAUUGGAAAGCUGCUCGAACCCAUAUGGGGGUCUAGGGAGUUUCUGAAGUUCAUCUUUGUUGUCAACUUUCUGACAUCGGUUUGUGUUUUCGUCACGGCUAUCUCCUUGUACUACAUUACAACACAGGAAAUUUACCUCUAUAUGCCUAUUUCGGGUUUCCAAGGGGUUCUUUCAGGAUUUCUAGUUGGCAUCAAACAAAUUAUACCAGAUCAAGAGCUCUCUUUAUUGAAGAUAAAAGCUAAAUGGUUGCCUUCUAUUGCACUGUUGUUGGCUGUUGUUGUAAGCUUUUUCACAACAGAUUCAGCAGCACAUCUUCCUACUGUAAUUUUUGGCACAUAUAUUGGUUGGAUUUACCUCAGAUAUUGGCAAAGAAAAUCAGAGACAAAAUUAAAAGGCGAUCCAAGUGAUGAAUUUUCUUUCUCUUCUUUCUUCCCUGAACCCCUAAGACCUGUAAUUGAUCCUGUUGCCACAAUUUUUGAGCGGCUGCUUUGCGGAAGAAGAUCUGAAUCCUCAGAUGAAAGUAGGGGCUAUACUCUAGGAGGUUCAGUGUUGCCUAGUUCAGAUCCUAUUGAAGCAUCCAGGAGGAGGGAAAGAGGUGCUCGGGCUCUUGAAGAAAGAUUGGCAGCUGAGAGUCUGACUGCUCCAGGAAUGUCCGAUGAAACUAAAAGAGACGCAGCUGAAAAUGUUUAGGAAUUGCAACUUUAUAUAUGCUGAAUUUCCAGAUAUGUAUAUCUUUACAUGCUUGUACACCUAUUUGUUAAUACAUAGUUUUUGAUUCUAUGAAGAAUUUUCCGUCA